AUGGCUCUCGAAACCUUUUCUGCAUUCUCCCAGGCGCCUUACGCCGCGGGAUUUCUCUUAGUUGUCUUGUCUUAUUUUAUCGUUUACCCAUUAUUUGUGUACUUCAAGGACUCAAAAGGCAUGAGAAAGUUUGAGAACCUCAGUACAUUUUCCGGCGUAUACAACAUCCCCUUCAUGAUCCUCGCCCGCACCGGUGCUCGAUCAACUCAUCUCGUGAACCUCCACCGGGAAAAGGGCCCGAUCCUCCGCACUGGUCCCAAUACCCUCUCCUUCAGCGAUGUCCGCGCCAUCAAGGACAUCUACGGUCAUGGAACCCCUUGCAUCAAGGACGAGUCUUACGUCCUCACGGCCGGAUCCCACUACCACCUCGCCGAUGUGGUCGACAAACAUGACCACGCAAAGAAGCGCAAGGUCUUGUCGUCCGCCUACGCCUUGAAGAACCUCGAGGGAUGGGAACACAAGGUCGCAGACAAGGUCGAGAGACUCUUCAAGCAGCUCGACCAGCGCUGCACCGACCCUCUUCCCAAGGGCCAAAUGUUCCCCAAGCCAGAGGAUCUGACCGUCGAUUACCGCAAAUGGGGUAACUUCUUCACUCUCGACGCCAUCGCCGACAUCGGUCUCUCCGAACGUCUCGGCCUGCUCGACCGUGGCCACGACCGUGUUCUCGCCCGCCGUAAAGACGGCUCAACCUGGGAGGUUCCCCUCCGUGACUCGCUCUACCCAACCGCCCGGAAACAGUCCCUCCUCGUCUGGAGCUACGAAAAUUACAAGCUCAUUGACAAGCUCUCAAACAUCAUCCCCCGCUACCGCCAAAUGACCGAGGCGUCCAAGGGCUGGGACGGCAUCGUGCUCGAACUCGCCCACAAGCGUCUUCAGCGUUACAACAAGGGCGACGAGAAGCUUGACGACUUCUUCCAGGCUCUGAUGGAGAACAAGAACGGCGAGGCCAACAACCUUGAGUGGGGCGAAAUCGUCGCCGAGAUCAACAUCAUGAUGAACGCUGGCAGCGUGACCACCGCCAUCGCCGUCACAAACGUGCUCUACCAGCUCCUCAAGAACCCGAAAUACCUACAGCUCCUCCGCGAGGAAGUCGACAGCGUCCUCGACGCAGAUGAGAUUGUCGCCCCUUACGACAAGGUUAAGCACCUCCCCUACCUCCGCGCUUGCCUCGACGAGUCCCUCCGCCUGUUCCCCCCAACGCCGCAGGGCCUGCCUCGCAAGACACCUCCCGAAGGCAUGUACGUCAUGGGCGAGUGGGUGCCAGGCAAUACUACUGUCAGCAUGUCCGGUGUCGUCGCCCACCGCGAUGAGACCGUUUUCCCCGACGCCGACAAGUAUGUGCCCGACAGGUGGCUCGGUGACAAGGGCAAGGAGCUGCAGCCGUACUUCUUGGCCUUCUCCGCCGGUGCGAGAGGGUGCAUCGGUCGCAACAUUUCCUACCUGGAGCAGGCUGUGCUCUUGGCGUCGGUUGUGCACAGGUACGAGUUUGCUCUGCCGCGGGACUUCGAGAUGGCGCGUGAGGAGACGAUGAACUGGUUGCUCGGAGAAAUGCCCGUCAAGGUUUGGAGGAGGCAGUUGGAGGAGGUUGAGGCGCACUAG